AUGCCAUUCACUACUCAACUCCGCACCAUUUCCCGACCCUUCAUCCAGCAACCACAUCUCUUCAAACAAACUUCUGUCAGAAUGUCUUCUACCAACUCCACCAACUCGUACGGCCAGGGUGCAUCGCACGCCACUGGUCAGAGCGCCGUCCCCAACAAGGUCCAAGAGGCUGCACCCAAGGGUCUUGAAGAGAGCCUCCCUGAAGGUGUUCACCCAACUGGUAGCAACCCCAACAGCCAGUCUACCAGCAAGACCCAUGCCCUGAACAACGGCGAAGACUCAAUCGUCCCUAAGAAGGUCCAAGAGAUCGUUCCCGAGUCUGUCGAGCGAGCUCUUCCCAACUCGAUCCACAACACUGGAGACCAAUAGUCGCGUCCUACUACUUGGCGAAGGAUCGACAAUCAAUAAGCCCACUGUAUCAUAAUAAUAAAUCAACGUCGCAUCCAACUACAUCUUCUUCAGAGCUUAUGGUGUGACGUAUUGACCAACCCAUUUUGGGGAUACAUUGAACUCCUACCUACACCGCGUGAUGGAAGUAAGAACCUAAGAGUCUACGUUGCCUACGUACGUUGUGAAUGGUUGUUUCUGAAUGAAUCUGGACUGCAGGUCACCUAUUCAGCCUCUUCUUGGU